GGCCAGACUUUCAGGACUUCAGGUCUUCUUCAAAGAAGGCCGGUUGUUCUGUAGAACAUGAGCAGCAGAAACAUGCAGAGUAAUGCAGCUUUCUCUAAAGAGAAAGAAGUGUAGCUGGAAUUAACUUUAAAGUAUAAAUAAUUGUAUUAUCUCACACUUUUUUCCACAUAAAUCCAGCGAUAGGUUCUCCCAGGAGACCACCUGAGCUGACAGAAGAGUCUCUGUUUUCCCGGGUUAAUGUUACCAGGUGUGCAUGCAGAGACCUGACGCUGCGGCGCAGGGCUCCGCGCUGCUCCUUGUGUAACAGCAGGUAAACUGCGGUGAGGGAGGAAUGCUGCUCAGGUGUGGAGCAGGAGGAGGAACAUGGAGGAUCAGCCUGUAAUUAUUAUCCUGCAGUUUAUUUAACCUGCCUCUGACUGACACACAGGCUGUUUGUGCUCACACCAAUUAACGGAGGAGGAGGAGGAGGAGGAGGAAGGAGGAAGGAGGAGAAAAGCGCGCAGCGCGCAGUGCGCACAGACACACAGCCAGAGGAGCGCGACGCGACGGCGGCGUGGAUCAUGUCUCUGACCGGGAAGGUGGCGCUGGUGACCGGAGGAGCUCAGGGUAUCGGCAGAGCUGUGGUCCAGUCUUUGCUGGAGAAAUCGGUCAAGGUGGCCGUGGUGGACCUGAACAAGACGCUGGGGGAGCAGUGCCAGGCCCAGCUGGAGGCCGGCUUUGGAGAAGGAACCAGCAUCUUCAUCCAGUGUGACGUGACCGACGGAGAUGCUCUGAGAGACGCCUUCCAGAAGACCGUGGACCAGUUUGGACGCCUGGACAUCAGCAUCAACAACGCUGGCAUCAACAACGAGAAGAACUGGGAGAAGACCAUCCAGGUCAACCUGACCUCGGUGAUAAAGGGAACCUAUUUGGCUUUGGAGCACAUGAGCAAAGAGUACGGCAAAGAAGGAGGCACCAUCAUCAAUGUGUCGUCUAUGGCAGCCUUCAUGCAUUCGCCUCACCAGCCCGUCUACACGGCCACCAAGCACGGCGUCAUCGGCUUCACCCGAGCCAUGGCGGACGCGUCCCUGCUGGGCGACUACGGCGUGCGCAUCAACGCUCUGUGCCCCGCCUUCGUCGACACGCCGCUGCUGCACACGGUGGAAGACGAGGACAACAUGGGAAAGUUCGUCAAGUUCAAGGACGACUUCAAACGCGACAUGAACAAGUUCGGAGUCUUAAAGCCGGAGCUGAUAGCUGAAGGGAUGAUGAGGCUGAUCACAGACAGCAGCCUGAACGGCGCCGUGAUGAAGAUCACCUACUCAAAGGGAAUCCACUUCCACAUGUAUGAACCCAUGUCGGCCUGAGGUCCGACCCGCCAGAACCCGACCCGUUCAGAACCCGACCCGUUCAGAACCGGUUCCCCCUGCAGGCGUCUGAGCUGCUUCUACGUGUUCUGAUCUGAGACCAAAGCAUUUCUGUAAAGCUAAACUGGUUCUUUUCCUCAGAAUGGACCCUGGUUCUGUCAGAACCUCAGCUGUUCUUGGUUCUGACGCGUUCUGUAAGAAUUUCCCUGAAGGUCUGUACAGAAAUAUGUUCCUUCUUUCUAUAUCGAGAUGUUUCUGAGUGGAACUGCUUCCUGUUUGCACGGUUCCAGCGAGCAGAACCGCUUCCUGGUGGACCCAAAAGGACCAAAUCAGCUCUUCAACCAGCGACAGAACACCACUGGAGACGGUUCUUCUGACCGGUUCUUCUGACCGGGUCGCUGACGUUCCUGGACAAAACAAAGUUCUCCUUCUUUUAACUCUCAGGUUCUUAUCUUUAAUUAAGGGCAUUAAUAAAAGUUCUGACCGGUACCAGGUUCUAAAAUCAGUCAAAUCCAACCUCAGGUGGACAAAAACAUCAGUCUGUCAUUGUUGUGGAGGAACUUGGGUCGGUUCUCCUCUCAUGGAUUGUUCUGCAUGUAGAACAGGCCGGCACAUGGAGAACCCGUGAUGAUAGUAGUAAAUGUUGGGAUGGCGCUACAGCUGCCGGUAAAUACAGAAGACGUUCCUGCUUUAGGAUCUCAGCUGACAUAGAACCCAGAUAAUAAUUAGUUUAUCCAGAAACUCCUUCAGAACCUCAUCCUAAAUCCUGUAGAACCUCCAGCAGCAGCUCCUAGAACCUCUCGGGUUCUGGUCGUUUCUUCCCGCUCUGACUGGGCAGAACCUGCUGGCUUCAUGAUUAAUUUCUCUGUUUUUGUUCACUUGAAGUAACAUUUAAAUGGUUUUAGAACCCGGUGAAGGUCAGAACCUUUUAUAGGCAUCCGAUAGAAUAAAGUGGGCGUUCUUCUUCUUGUCCCGGUUCCUCGUCUCUGUAAGCCGGUCCAGUUUAGCAGAACCCUGAGUUACAGCAGCAGCUGAUCUGCUGACGUCAUCAUUCUGUCAGCAGAACAGCUGCCCUCCUGGUUCUGGUUCUGGUUCUGUUCUCACCAAGCCUCCCAUUCCACUCUCUCUCUGUAGCUUCUGGUGUUCCCCAGGGUUCUGUCCUCGGUCCACUGCUUCUAAGUAUUCCCCCCCCCCCCCCCCCCCCCCCCGCCUCCUGACAUCCUCGAUGUUUUAAAAGUCGCCUCAAAACGUCCUUUUUUAAAGCUGCUUUCUCUCUAUAAAUGUUUUAUUUUGUUCUUGUUUUACAUUAUUGAUGCUUUGUUGUUUUAUUGCCAUUUGUUCGGCUUUAAUUUUGUACAUUGUGCUUGAGUGUUAUUAAAGGCUCUUUUCAAAUAAAA